AAUGCGCAUGCGCGUUUCUAAUGAAGCUGGACGACAGCCAAAAUGUCACAGGAUUUUAGUCGGCAUGCCCAUCGAACUGCUAUUUGGUGAGUUAAAACUGUGAUCGAUAUGUUAUAGCUUAAUUUAGAAGAAAUCAUCAGCAAAAACUCAUCUACUGUGCAAUAACAAAUGUAAAAUGUAAUCUUAAUGUUCAAUAAUUCUUCAUCGAUCAAUUGUACAUUGCAUACUCAGAAUAUCUGUUUUGAAAGCCAAAAAUUAGAGACGCAAAACAUCCGACGAACCACCGGCCUUAAUCAAUCAACACAGUACUCAAAUAUUCAGGAAUCUUUAGAAGGUGCAACCGACGAUUCAGGUCUCGAUGCAGAUUUUGAUUUUGACGGAAUGAAGAAGAACGUAUCAUUUCCCGUUGAACAGAUAAACGGUUACCUAGUAAAUGGUCAUAGAAGUUUGGAACGUAAAGACAUUCCAAUAAGACUUAACAACGGGCGAAUCACGUCACCAGCCAAUACUGAAGCGUCCGACAUGUCCAUUGACGCAUUAUCUCGUGAAUUUUUUCCAAUCACGCUUGGUGCUGCUUAUGACGUUAAACGAGCUAUCGAGUCGUCAAAGCUAACUACCUCGUAUGCAUCCCCUCCCACCAGAAAGCGUCGACCAGGGUCGGCUCAAAGUAGUUCGUCAUCCACCUCAAAAGCCUCAUCUCUAGAUCGAAUGCACUUACUUACGGUCGACGCACAAUAUACAACAGGUUCGAAGCCUUUUUUAUUUUUGAUUGACGUGUUUGAAUAUAUUUAGUUGACUUUCUAGGCGGCUCUGCAAACAUAUCCUCGGCGCCUGCUUGACCAUCGUUCUGCUUGAUUGGCGCUAAAGCCUUCCAUUCAAGCAAUAUAUUUAGAGAUUACGCGAAUGUAUUCGGGUCACGCAGCUAUUAAACUGUUUUUAAGCAUAUAGAAUGUAAAUUUUAGAGCUUUAUAGGAGACUUUUAACAUCUUUACACUAUAAACUAGAUAACGCUUAUCAAUUAUCAAUUAACAAUAAGCUGAAUGAGCAUUUGUGAAUGAAUAAGGUUUUUCAUAGCUGAACCAAAUUUGUCAGCGAUUUUUUUGAUCUGAAUUUGUCGGCUAUUUUUCAUUGAUCUGUGACAACAGCGUGUUGGUGUUAUAGGUUCGCUUUUUUGGUUGCAAUCAAUUGGAUUUUUAAUUGAAUUGCGACUGUCAGAACAUAUUCGUGUGUAGAGUUUCUAACGUAAUUACCUGUAUACAAUAUAAAAGAGAGCCGCCCGAAAAAUAAAGAUUGCAAAUAGUUAGUUGGCUACUAAAUAAACUUUUUCUACUACUAAAGCAUACAAAUCUUUUUGAUUGCCGCCAGGUGCAACCGCCGCUCUAAUGUCGUCGCCUUACCAAGCGCAAUUGGCUGAAUUACGAAUGCAAAGAUUACGAAUGGAGGAAGCUCAACUUUUACAAGUAAAAAGACAGGAGGAGUUGGAGAGAAUGCGAGGCCCUUUAAUUAGAUGGUACGAAUUGAAGACACCUCAAUUCCAUUACGAGUCUCGUAAAAAUCGAGAACUUAUCCAAAGUAAAAACGACUGGCAGCAGCUAUUAGAACACAGGGCCUCUCUGGAACGCUCAUCUUCGACUUCAAGUACUCCGACCUGACUCACCAUCUCUUCUACAUUAGCCAGCAAGUGCAAUUAUUCUGGUGCUGGCGAGUGCCUCCAUGCAGAUAGAUUCUAAUUUAAUAAUAAUAAUAAGGUUUUUAUCUGUGAUAACUAUCGGUCCUGCAUAUACGCGCACUCUUUGGCGAUUUUUCUUGUUUCCUUUUUUGUUUUUAUUUUUUUUGUUUACUAUAAAACUGUACAAAUCGUAACUUUAUUCUACAGGAAGGUAUUGAAUUGUCCAACGUUUGUUAUAUAUUAAAGUUUUUGCUUAGUGAAGUUAAUUAGAGUUCCUUAUUCGGAUGCCAAAACUAUUGUUUUCUUAAUAUCGCUAAAUAUGUUUUGAAAUACAAGUAUAACUAGGAUAUACUUUGUUUUUUUAUAAUGCAUACGUUUUUGGUGAUUUGAAUGAGACUCAAAUUCAUGCCAAUAUCAGGCUGCACCAACUUUAUAUGAGAUUAAUAUCGAUUGUCAAUGGCUUAUCGAUUAUCCGAAUCACGUUCGUACACUAUACACGUCUAUAUACGACUUGCACCUAAAAGCCUAAUAUUUUAUGAAAUACUAUUAAAUAGUUUCUACAAAUAACUUCUAUAUUAUUUGACUUCUCA